AGCUGGUAACCAGCGGAGAAGAUACAAAAGCUAAAAUCACUAUGUGGAGCUGUGAAACCUUAAACAACAGUAACGAGAACAGUGAGGACCAGCAUCUCUGCCAUGACUUCCACCUUGUGCUUUCCAUCUUUUCCCUACUCUACCUCAUUGUAUGUUUCCCAAUUGGCCUUUGUUACAAUGGCUUGCUGGUCCUAGUUAAUCUCUACAACAAAGCUACUAUGACUAUGCCAGAUGUUUACUUUGUCAACAUUGCCAUUGCUGGUCUCAUCAUCAAUGCUCUGGCACCGGUGUACCUUCUAGGUCUUGCCAAUACAAAAUGGGCCAUCUGGAAUUCUAACAAUGAAGUUUAUAUUACCUUACUUAUUUUAUUCAACGUCUCAUCUUUAGUUACCAUGUACUCUACUACAUUACUCAGCCUGGACUACUACAUUGAACGUGCUCUACCUAGAACUUACAUGUCAAGCGUGUACAACACCAAACAUGUUUGUGGAUUCAUAUGGGGUGGUGCCAUGCUUACAAGUUUUUCAUCUCUCCUGUUCUACGUCUGCAAUCACGUAUCCACUAAAAUAAUUGAAUGUUCCAAGAUGCAGAACAAAGAAGCAGCAGAUGCCAUUAUGGUCUUUAUCGGGUAUGUUGUACCAGCUAUCGCUGUACUGUAUGCACUUACAUUAAUCUUGCGAAUACGCAAAGAGGCUACACCACUGGAUCAAGACACUGGACGAUUAGAUCCGUCGGUACACAGGCUUUUGAUUGCAACAGUCUGUACACAGUUCACAUUAUGGACACCCUAUUAUGUUAUUCUCCUGGUAAGCACAUUUACUAAUGCACAAGGAAGGAUUGCAGAUGAAAAUUACAGUAGAAUAUUACAUUUUACCAAGAUUUUAUCAAAAUUCUUGGCUUUCUCAAGCAGCUUUGUAAUGCCUCUGCUCUACAGGUAUAUUAACAAAAACUUUCCCAACAAAUUACGACGUUUGCUUAAAAAGAUACACUGUGGGAAUCAAGGGUGUUCUCAUGAACGCACAGUAGUACAGCAAGUUAUGACGUAG